GUUCUGUUAUGAGAGCACUGCAGGACUGUCACUGCAACGGACGGAAGGGCGCAACACAGUGGCAGUGUUCUACACGCAACUCCGUACUUACUUAUUUCUAUGCGCACAACUGGGACUGUUUGCGAGAAUCGGGAAGCAACUUGACAAAAUCAGCAACAAGUUAAAAAAAUAAUAAUAAUUUGUUGAGCCUAGCAUUCAUUGAUUCAGUCAAUUUCUGCAUUAUUUUGCUGUCUUGGAGUAGAGUAUUUGUUUUCUUUUUUUUAAAGAAGGAAAUCAGUCCAGUACACCUCUAUUCUAUUCAGACCGUUUGUUUCAUAAACAACACGAACAAUAUUAGUUUACUUAUUUAUCACAACUUUGGCUGCAAUAACUCAUUUUAACCACAGUAAAGCAAAACGGUGUGCGCUUUCUAUACAAUAUUAUCUCCGUUCUCUCAUUAUCUUGCUCAUUGCCAUCGCGUUCGAGAUGAUGAACACUAUGGUCAUUUUUGCGGAAUUUUUCGUGGUCAUUUUGAAAGUGCUCUGGGCUUUUGUUACCGCCGGGGCGAAAUGGGUGGUGCGGCCGAAGGAGAAGAGUGUAGCGGGACAGGUGUGUGUGAUCACCGGGGCUGGAAGCGGUCUGGGUCGGCUGUUCGCCAAGGAGUUCGCUAGAAGACGGGCUGUAUUGGUGCUAUGGGACAUCAACAGCAAAAGCAACGAGGAGACCGCGGAGUUGGUGAGGGAAAUCUACCGGGAGCUGGACAGUGAAUCUCCGAUGGCCAAAGAAGGAGCAAUAGGAGGGCUAGAGGAGGUGUUUCCGUUCAAGCCUCAGGUGUACACGUACGUGUGUGACGUGGGCAAGCGAGAGAGUGUGUACUCCACGGCGGAGAAGGUGCGUCGGGAGGUGGGCAACGUGGACAUGUUGAUCAACAACGCUGGCGUGGUCUCUGGUCACCAUCUCCUGGAGUGUCCUGACGAGCUGAUCGAACGCACCAUGGUGGUCAACUGCCACGCACACUUCUGGACCACCAAGGCAUUCCUUCCCAAGAUGUUGGAGCUGAACCACGGCCACAUUGUGACGGUUGCCAGCUCUCUGGGGCUAUUCAGCACAGCUGGUGUGGAGGAUUACUGCGCCAGUAAGUUCGGGGCCAUCGGCUUCCACGAGUCGCUGAGCCACGAGAUCAAGGCUUCGGAUAAGGAUGGCAUUAAGAUGACGCUGGUGUGUCCCUACCUGGUGGACACGGGCAUGUUCAAAGGCUGCAGGAUAAGGAAAGAAAUCGAGCCAUUCCUGCCUCCCCUGAAGCCAGAGUUCUGUGUAACACAGUCUAUGAGGGCCAUUCUCACGGAUCAGGCUAUGAUCUGCACCCCACGCAUCGUAUACAUGGUUAACUUUAUGAAAAGCUUCCUGCCCUUCGAGGCCAUCGUUUGUAUGUACAGGUUCCUGGGUGCUGAUAAAUGUAUGUAUCCCUUCCUGGCCCAGAGGAAGGAGCUGAUGAACAACAACGAGGCUAAGGGGGACAUCUAGGGGGCGCUGUUGCUGCAUGGUGGGGUGGGGCCCAUAACCCUAGAGGCACAAGGAUAAGACCACUGAGGGUGCGAGGAGGAGGAGGAUUUAAAAAGACUGAAUCUAGACUGGUGAACUUGCAUUGAGCAGAUACAAAGGUCCUCUGAAACGAUGCCAGCUGUGUGUACUACACAGGAUUUGAUUUCUCUUAGUUUUUUUAUGUUGUCUUUUUCUUUUUAAUGUUUUUUUCUUUUAAGGUUUGUUUAAGGAAACCAACCAUCUAUAUACUGUGUCAAUAGUUUUUUUUUUUAAUCAUAUGAAAAAAAAGUAUUAACUAUUUACGUAAUGUAGUCACCAACUUUUUAUUUAGUAUCUUUGUGGAAAUAUACAGUAUGUUACUGUACAGUAAAAUCUUGUCACUUUUCAGUUUCUCUUUUAUUUGUAGACAUGCACUGUAAUACUGCCUUUCUCUACACGGCCAAGUCUCUGUAGAAACGGUUGAAAAUGGCAUUUCAUCACCCAGACCGACAUGCAUUUACACAAGUACAUGUUAUUCAAUCAUUGCAUCAACACAGCUCACGUUUCUCAGCGAGCGUCUGGGUAGCCAGGUGCUGAAAUUAGAACUGCAAGUCCCGCCUCUCCCAUCUCCUCAUUGGUUGUUAGGAGCAUGUACCCACGUGGGUGAUUGAAAGAUGAACGGAGGUGCACACACUCCAGGCCAGUUGGUGGUGGUAAUGCACCUUAAAGUUGGUUGCCAUCCACCCAUGUAAACUCCACAGAAGAAGAAGCCUGAAGGAGGAGAGAUUACUAGAAACUAACUAAGUUGACCCUUUUAUCUGUGGAUUAAUUGUAGGAGUAGAAGGACCUUGUUGCAUUUCAGGUAAAAUAACAAACCAAUGUUUAUAUCCCUGGACAGAUUAGCUAACAACAGAAAGCGAACUAGCUAAAUUGACAUACAUUUUUAAUGCUUUUGACCUGUCCACUAAUUAAUAUAGUUGGUUCAGAGUUUGUUUUGAUAUUUCCACUGGUCAGGUGUGGGUGGACAAAGUCAGCAUGCACGCAAGCAGUCUGGUCAACAUGUUAGGGUUGCAUAUUUCUGAUAAUUUUCAGAAAAUUAAAAAGUUAAAAGAUUCCCAGAAUCAAGAUGGGAGGGCAGGGAAUCCUGAAUCCUCCAACCAGAACUUCUGGACAACCUGGUGAUUUUGGGAAACACUACCCAGCAACCCCUGCGGCUCAGUCUAACCAAUCAUGAUGCUCCAAAUAGUUAUUCAGAGAUUACGUUUUAUGUAUUUUAAUUCCAUCUAUUUCGAACAGUUCAAAUGAGUUGUACCUACCGGCCAUUGAUUUAUCUAUCAGCCAAAUGUCUCGUUAAUUUAAUGUGCCUUGGCUUCAGCAGUCGACUUACGAUCUUUAUCUUCUGACUUAUUGAUGGCCGUAUCAAUCACCACAUCGUAAGACGUACACUGCCGUUCAAAAGUUUGGGGUCACUUAGAAAUGUUUUCCAUAAAAACAUACAUGAAAUGAGUUGCAAAAUGAAAUAGGAAAAAUAGUCAAAACGUUAACAAGGUUAUAAAUAAUUAUUUUUUUCCUUGAAAUAAUAAUUGUGUCCCCUUUGACAAACUUUGCUUUUGUUAGAAGAAUUCUCCGUUUGCAGCAAUUAUAGCCUUGCAGACUUUUGGCGUUCUAGUUGUAAAUGUUUUUGAGGUAAUCUGAAGAGAUUUCACCCCAUGCUUCCUGAAGCUCCUCCCACAAGUUGGAGUGGCUUGAUGGGCACUUCUUACGUACCAUACGGUCAAGCUCCUCCCACAACAGCUCAAUAGGGUUGA